CUGUUUUGAUGUUUAGCUAGCUAGCUGUCGUUAGCUGCCUCGUGGACGGUUUGUUUGUUUGUUUGUUUGUUUGUUUGUUUAUUUAUAGCUUAUUUCAAGAUGCGUGCGUUUGCAAUGCACAACUAUUCAGAUAUGUAUUAAUGUGAUAUAAAUGUCCGUCAUGCUAGUCGGUGGUAGUAGUAGUAGAAGUUGUUGUUGUUGUUGUUGUUGUUGUUGUUCUUGUUCUUGUUGUUGUUCUAUCCUGUUUGCAUUGCAGUCUGUCUUGUGUGUUUUUGAGGCCCGCGACGUUGCGCAGUUUUGCAGCAUGUUCUAUUUAAUAAAAAAUGUAAUAUUAAUACCGAAUUCUCUUUAUUUCUGCAUGGCACUGACAUCCUAUAUUGCUUAGCACAGCUACAGUGAAGGAAGGCUACACCAGGCCAAGUAGGUCAGGCGGAUAUAGGGUUUGUGUGUCCUGUUGGAUUAUUAAACCCGGAAGUAGCUCGAAUUAUUUCGACACGCUGCUGAUAACAUACACAAAGCAGGUUUCAGUGGUUACACGUUUAACGUUUUCUAGACUAUAAACCAGUUCAUUUUUCACUUGUUUUUUUGUACCGUUCUACAGACUCAACUUUUCUCAACAUUAAUCUGCCCAACUAUUUACAUGUCAGACUCCUCUUUGUUUAAAUGUAUACAAUAAUAUUCUGUGUAUUCAUUAGAACCAUUAAAAACAUUCGGUCCAAGCUGCUAUUAUUUACAGGCUGCAUGGUUUUUUUGUUUUUGUUUUUUUUUUUAAAUUUAGGUUUAGUUUAUUUAGUUCAAGAGACCAGUCAAGCAGGUUAACUAUGAAGAUCUGAUAUGAAGGUAUUUUUGGAGCAAACCAACUGAGCAUUUGUGACCGUGGAAUCUGGCGUUGUGGAAAACUGUAGGGCUGGGCGAUAUAUCGGUGGUAAUAUGGAUAUCGUGAUAAAUGAUUAUAUGCAAGACACUUUUCUGAGAUAGUUGGUAUGAUUUUGUUUGUUUUCAGUAAUCACACAUUAAAUGGUACUGAACGGAUGCUGUUGAUUUUACGUUAUUUAUUUUUUUAAAAAGACAACUUGCUUUUCCUUAACGCCUGCAAAGAUUAUCGGCAAAGUCAGUUUAAGGUUUUUUAAGGCCGGACUCCCUUUUUUUUAAAAUUUUUUUUUUCCUUUCCCCCCCACAAACGCAACGCAACAGUCGCACCUUCUCAAAUUCUUCAUUGCAGCUGCAAAUCCUAUUCUACAAAUCGCAAAUGAAGAAACUCUCAUUUUUGUUACACUUUGCUGCAGUGAAUAUGGUGCAAAACACAUUCACACACCUGUAUCAAAAAAUGUGAAGUCGUGGACAAAUUUUGCACAUUUGCCAAUCAGAGAAAUUAUUUGUGAGGAAAAUAUUCUACAGGUGUGCAACUCUCCAUUGCAUGAAUUCACAUACUGACUUGUGGAUGUGCAUAGUUUGGCCAUGACUUCACGUUUUUUCCCAUUCGGGCGUGUGAAUAUAUUUUGCACCAUGUUCACCAUAGCUAAAAAAAAAAAAAAAGUGAAUGUUUGAGGGUUUUUGGGGGGGGGGUCCCCAUGUGUGAUUUCAUAGAGUAGGAAUUGUGCACCUGCAGUGAAGAAUCUGAGAAGGUUUAACUGUUUGGGGGAGAGGAGAAAAAAAAAACCUUCAAGUUUGUAACUUGAAACAUUUUUCUGUGUGACUUCAAAUUUACUGAGACUAUUUUCUACAACUACAAAUUCCAGGUCACAGGAGCUCGAUUGCUCCAGUAAUACUUUCAUAGUUAAUUCCUAUAAGAACUCAGUACUGUGUUGUCCACCACUGUGACCAUGCUUUGAGAACCUUUGCAUUUCAUGUAAAUGUUGCUCUGCCGGUCUGGAUGGGUCUCUCGUCCUUCUGGAAUUCGAUCUGUUGACUGUUUUUCUUUUCUUUCUUUUUUUUCUUUCCCUUUUCUCUUCAGCCAUGGUGAAAGAGACUAAAGCCAAAACUUUCCAGGCGUACCUCGAUUCCUGUCACCGCCGUUACAGCUGUGUCCACUGCCGCGCUCACCUAGCCAACCACGAUGAGCUCAUCUCAAAGUCUUUCCAAGGCAGCCAGGGGCGUGCCUAUCUGUUCAACUCAGUGGUGAACGUGGGCUGUGGACCGGCUGAGGAGAGGCUGCUGCUGACUGGACUUCAUGCUGUGGCUGAUAUUUACUGCGAGAAUUGUCACACCACUUUGGGCUGGAAAUAUGAGCAGGCGUUUGAGUUGAGUCAGAAGUAUAAGGAGGGAAAGUACAUUAUUGAACUUUCCCACAUGAUUAAGGACAACGGCUGGGACUGAAGCUCUCGGCGCCUAACAUAAGCAUGAUGCGCUUUUUUUUUUUAUACACGUUUUUGCAUUACUAUUGAGCACUUUUUUUCAUCCUUGAUAACCCAGUUCAUCAGUUUUACAUUUAAAUGUGGUUGAAAAUCAGAAAAAUCAUGCGUUACGCUCUUGUGUAUCUGAGAGUUGUACAAAAAAAAAAAAGUAGGAGCUUAAAUUAAUCUCCAAAACUUUGCUGGACAUUAAAUAAACAGCUUUUGAAACCCAGUCCAUUAAGUGUAGGCUGGGCAAACUUUACCUUUAUUGAAAGAUCCAGUGACUUUUUUUUGUUUUCCAUUUUUAGGUUCAGGUUUAAAAGCACGAGGUAGCAAAUGAUUGUUUUGGAGAAAUGUUUUACUCUGCAUAAUUGUGUGGUAUCUACCACUUGAGGUAUCAUUUUUAUUUCAGUGUGAAAUGCAUUGAGAGACUGAAGGCGAUGUGCAAUAUGUUUGUUUGUGUGCGUGCAUGUGUGCAUGUGUUUGAGCUAGUGAAAGUGUUUCAAAUGUUGUCGUUUUUCUUUUAAAUGUUUCAAGGUAUAAAGGAAUCCUGGGAAUGUUAAUGGCUUGUAUCAUGUAGGCCAGAUGGUGUACAUUAUUUCCUGAGACAGAUCAGUUACAGCUUAAUUUAGAAUGUAAUUGUGACUUUUUGCUUAAGGAACUAUAAAUAAAGGCAGUCAUUUGAUCAUGUUAGAAUCUUAAAAAGUUAGUCAGUGUACAAAUGUCUGUAAAUGCAAAAUCAUUUAGGUUUGUUUUAUCAAUUUGUGUUGUUAAAUUGUGAUGAAUGAAUGUUUACUUUAGUGUAUGUAAAUACAGAAUAUAUAAAUAAAAAAGGAUUGUUACUUA